AUUAAAUUCAAAUAUUAAUACGUCAUAAAACGACGGUGUUUUUACUCUUACACUAAUCUAGAGGAGAGAUUCACCUUUAUGCCACUACGAGUAACACCACCGCCAUUAUUGUUUCAAAACAAGCUGCAAUUCUACCUUUCGCACCAAAGUCGUCAUCAAACAUGUCAUCUGUGCACUUUAAGCACCUUGACAUCAGAGUUUCCUCAUGAAUGUUAUGAAGAUGAAAUGACUCAUGAGCAUACAUCACAAUGUUGUUGUGUUGUUUCGUCUUCCCAAAUUAAGUCUCAGACUAAUGUUCUUAAAUGUAAAAAACCACGAGUGAAAACGCAUCCAUUUAUAAAAUUGGGUAUAAAUCCGCUGUAUUAUAGAACAGAUUAUGACAAAAAUUCGAGCUAUUGUAUCUUUACAAAAAAUCAAGUCAAGAGAUUAUUACAAUACCUUAAUGAAGCUGCGGAGCGCAUCUACGACCAACAUAUUCGUUUACUUGUCUUUAAACAACUGUGCCCAUUAAAAAAAAAACUCUCUAAUUCCUUUACAGGAGAAUUCACUACGUCGCAACAGCUUAGGGAACAAGUUGAAUGGUUUGUAGCUAUAACACAGUCUGAAGUGGUUUCAUAUCGAUUAAAAGCAUGGCGUCUUUUACAAGAGAACAACAAACUAAAAGUUUUAUUACAAAAGAAGAAUGAGGGGCAACAAAAUAAGCAACAAAUGCUUCCUGAGAGUCAUGCUUUUCCUAUGAUUUUUGACCCUUCUUUUGAGGGUGCUGAUUCUCCAUCAGGACGUAAUGUUCUUCAAACUUCGAAAAACAAGCCACUUUCUUUUCAUGAAAACGAUUACUCUUUAAAAAAAAAAAAACAAUUUAUGAAAGGAAAACAUUGUAUUAAAAAGAAGGAACGCUCUCUUUUAAAAAAGGAAGAAUAUCUUAUAAAAAAAGAAGAACGCCUUUCAAUAAAAGAAAAGUGUCUUUUGAAAAAAGAGGAUGGUCUAGUCAGCAAGGAAAAAGGACUUUUGAGAAAAGAAGACACCCUUGCAAAAAAGCAAGAAAGUCUCUUAAAAAGGGAAAAUAACACCUUGGAGAGAGUGGAAUAUUAUGGACACAAUGAGCAAAGCGCUUUGAAGAAUGAUGAGCACUUCACCGAAAAACCAAAUUUUUUUUAUCAAGAACACUUUUUGUCAGACAAAGAUGGUCCCGUUAACAGUACAAGGCCAUUAUCCUCAAAAAAGAAUGACAUUUCGUUACAUAAAACAAAUGCACUUUGUCAAAACAAAUCACUUAUUUUGAAACCUAACGUUAUUGUGAAACAAACUACACUUGAACUUGGAUAUCAGCAUGCGUCGCAUCACAAUCAUGAUGUGUCUCUUGAAAAUCCGGAUAUACCGCUAAACACGAAAGAUCGCCCCUCGACCACUGAAAUACAACCUUUACAAAACGACGGCUUUCUUUUCGGAACUAAAAGGACUCAACCGGAAACUCUCAAGUGGCCGACAAAUACUGAACAUUCAUUAUCAAAAAAUUAUGAUCCGCCUGGAAACACUAGAAACAAUUUGUCAACAAUUUAUGAGAGUCGAAAAAAAAAGGAAUACUCUCUUUCAAAAAGUAUCAACGGACCACGCGAUAAAUCUAAUUCUGCGUUAAAACAAGACAUUUCAACAUUGAAAAAAAAAAAGUCCCUUCCCAACACUCAACUCGAUCACUUUAAAAAAAACGAUCUUCUCUUGAAAAAUGAUGUUACCAAAGCCAAAAAUACUCAUUCAUUCACCAACAUUCAGCACUCCCAACUACAGAAACAUGAUUUGUUAACGAGCACAGAUUCCCCCCUUUCGCAAAUUCAGAAUCGUCUCAGUAGCUAUGAUAACUUUGAUUUAAUUAACAAAAAUGACAUGCAUCCCGUUUUCAACAAAUCAAAGACAAAAUUCUUAAACAAAAAACUAGGUUUUUUAACUCAUGCCAGUGCACUGCCGGCAAAGAACAGUGAUCAUCCUGUAGAAGAUGUAGCUACAAAGUUUCAUACACUUACAACCGAUUCUGUACCCUAUAUGGGUUACCGAACCCGCUUCGAGCAGAACAAUAAUGUGGUCGGAUAUCCAAGCCCUACCAAUCAUGAUGUUUCAUCAACAAUCAGUUUCGAUCAAAUUGAUGAAAAAGUUGUAUCUCAAAACGUUCAUAAAAGAAAUUCCGUUAAAAUUUGUGACAACCAACACCUAUCGCUUUCUAAAUUACCUUCGUCUCACCGGUAUUUUAUAAACGAGGAUAAUACGCCUACAGAGGUAAAAAAGCCGUUUUCAAACAUCUAUCCGAAGGACUUUCAUCCCGUUUUUAACAAUUUAUCUUCCGAUACUCACAGCAAUGAAACAAGUCUUAUGCCUCUACCUGUAUAUAAGAUGGAUGUUGACCAAAAUCCAGCACCCAAACAGUUUCGUUAUGAUAUAAAUGACUUUCUUUCUCCAUACCCUAUCAAUAUGGAUACAGAAGAUGAAACUAGUGACUCUCAUAUCAAAUCUCCCUUAAAAGAGAUUGAGGAUUGUCCUAUUAUUAAAACAUUUAAAACCCAAAUUUCUAAAGUUGCCGACAUGACACAAACCGUAAACACUCUUGACACAAUUGCAACGGAUUUUAAGAAAACACAAAGUAUUUAUUUAUAUGAAAUUGAAAAUACCUUAAAUCACCAUUGCGUAAAAUUCAAUCAGGACCCCAAGACAUUAGUAGCAUCAAGAAGAUCAGAAAAUAACACUUGCAGAAGUGUCAAUUCAACAUUUUCUCUUUAUGACAAUCCUAUCAAAAAACAAAAACAUUUCACUCUCAAUACACGACCACUGUAUCUUUCUACAUCACGUAAUCUUUUCAACGAGGAACCCUCAAAAAAUACUGGAAAACUCAUAUUUUCACCAAAGACAGACGUUAUGAGACGAUUCACCUACUCAAACGAACGGAGUUGUAGAAAGAAUAAGCCCGUAGAUGAAUGUUCUACAAAUGGAGAAAGCAAAAGCCAUAUCCUAGUAGAAAAUAUCGAAAACCAGCUCUCGAAUUCUUUUAAUAAAAAUAGCGUAUUAUCAGAAGAUCUUUCAAAUAUGAUGCAGCCUUCAUUAGAUGAUAAUGUAAACGAACAAGCAUUUUAUUCGAAUUCAAAAAGCGUUAUCAAUUCUUACGCUCACAAACAACAUGUGACAAGCGUUACCACGUGUAAACCAUUCGUUUUUCCUUUCAUAUCAAACGGAGUUGAGUCUGAGUUAAUAAGACAAAAAAUACUGAAACAACAAGCACAUGAAUUAUUGAGAUCUAAUAUUAUUUUUCAGUCCGAUUUUACUUUUCAAAGAAAUUCGUGUAAUCAAAAGAAUAAAAUAAAAUCUUUUUUAAAGCAGCAAUUGUAUAAAAUAAAACAGGAGUUAUUCAAUUCAGAAACGUUACAAAAAAAAAAAUUUUAACCCCACUAUUCCAUAACAUUAAUUUCAGUCCUCAAUUUGAAGUUGAACGAUAAAUUCUUUAAACGAUCGUAAUUUAUUUAAAACAAAAAUAAAAAAACUUCAUACUUGGAACUUGACUUACUACUAGAAUAAACAUAUAUAUAUAUAUAUAUAUAUAAUGCUUGAUUCAAUACAGACUGAUUUAGUAGACAACACAUUAUGGCGUAAAAACAACAUGAAAAAAAUAAGGAAUUGAAAUGAAUUCUAAAAAAUAGAUAAAAGGGAAAGAUAAAAAAAAAACGUCUUUAUAGAAUUGAAAUCGCGAGCAAAAAAUUUCUAUAAAGUAACAAAUGAAUGUUCAAUCUAAUUUUAAAGUUUUGCCACAAAAGGGAACAAUUUAGUUCGAUGGUGAGACGUGGGAAGAAAAAGCUAAUUAACUCAACAAUGCCUCAAACCAACGCAACCAAUAUCUAGACCGAAAAAGAAAUCAUUUUUAAAAGCUUACUGACUUUUUAAAAAGAUAACUGAUAUUUUAAAAAACGAACUGGUGUUAUAAAGACCUAACCAAAGCCUGCGAGACCUAACUGACAUUUUUAAAAUAUGACCAACAUAGAAAGCUUACCGUAGUUUCAAGAAAACAAUUAGUGUUUUAAACAAAUAUCCAUCGUUUCAAAAAUCUAACCAGGGUCUUGAAAAACUGUUCAAUGUUUGAAGGAAGUAUUCGACAAUUAAUCGGCAAAACCAUUACAUUUUUCAUCUCAAAAUAUACACAUCUGAGUAUCAUGAACUUACAAGAGAACACAAUUUUUUUUAAAAAAUUCCUUUGCAUGCGUAAAAUUGUACACAAUUUUACCCAUAUCGUUAAAUAUAACUUAUUCGUCAUUCAGAACGUUAUAAUGUUGCUAAUAAAAAUAUAUAUUCAUGCAAUAUAGAAGAAUCUGUAAUCAAAAUAUUUGAAAAAAUAUGAA